UCUAACGCAGAAUUGAAGCGUCAGUUUCAUUCCGGUCCACUAGAGGCGCUACUAAUCACAGACUCUCCUCAACACACGAUCAUCGCUGUCACUGAAAGAAGAGAAUCAGGAAGUGCUGGAGAAAAUUGUUUGACGGUUGUCAUGGAGACCCCUGAACCUGGUCAGGCUGAUGGUGAGGAGCGGAUGAUUGACCUGAGACCCAGGACCCGAUCCAACCCGGAGGGUGCUGAGGACCGGCGCAGCAGCAAUGGCAGCUUGAGCAACGUUCUGCCGUCCCCUCCACAGCCGGCUGUGGGCAGUCGAGUAGAAGGGGAGGGAGAAGCGGCCAGCUCUGAUAGCCCCCCGACUACUGCCCCAACAACCACAGCUGCUGCACCUGCUCCCGUCGCUGCGGCUUCAAACACAGCGAGCGGCAUGUCAGCGAUGGCAUCCGGGACAAAAGAAAGACCUAAACCCCCGCAGCUGUCCUCCCUGUCCACCCAGAUCCCUCCAUCUGGAGAGUUACACCUGCGUGCUCCACGGGUCAACUGCCCGGAGAAAGUGAUCAUUUGUUUGGACCUCUCAGAGGAGAUGUCGCUACAAAAACUAGAGUCAUUUAAUGGGUCCAAGACAAACGCUUUGAAUAUUUCCCAGAAGAUGGUCGAGAUGUUUGUGAGAACCAAACACAAGAUAGACAAAAGGCACGAGUUUGCUCUGGUGGUGGUGAAUGAUGAUGCCAUGUGGUUAUCAGGAUUCACCUCUGACCCGCGUGAGCUGUGCAGCUGUCUGUACGACCUGGAAACCAACGUCUGCGAGUCUUUCAACCUGGAAGAUCUCCUUAAUGUAAUUUUGCAGAAAAUUGAACUUCCUCAGAUGGAGAACGUUCAGACCAUUCCGCCUCCCUUUGUAGUCCGAACUCUCCUUAUUUUUAGCCGACAUGCAGGAAUGCUUCAGUUUAACCCCUCUGAUGCCAUCAAAAAAAUGCUGCAGUCUCCUUAUUUUUUCUUUGAUCUUGUUUAUCUUCAUAAUGGGACUGAAGAGCAGACGGAAGACACUAGCUGGAAGGAUGCGUAUGCAUCUUUCAGCGAGUUGGACUCUAAGGGGAUGUGUUAUCGGUUUGAAGUGUCACUGUGUGGUCCUGCCAUCGAGCUGCACAAUUGCAUGGCCAAACUUCUGUGCCAUCCGCUGCAGAGACCCUUCCAGAGCCACGUCUCCUACAGCCUGCUGGAGGACGACGACGACACGCAGGAGACGGAGGCCACGGUGUGACAUCAUCACUGUUUUUACAUAACAGACAGCUCAAAUAUUACUCACAACUGGAGUAAUGAAGAGACAAUGAAGAAGUGAUCUAUGAACAAGUGCAUACGUGCAUUUCUACACUGGCAAUGUGCUUUUCAUUAGCAUUGUAGCUCAAACCCUACUGUGCAAUUGUUGACUAUUACUGUUGUAUUAAGUUCUGUUGUUGUAAUAAGAAUGCUGACCAGUCUUAGUUUUAUGAAUGUCAACGUUAUAUUCAACAUAUUUUUUCUGCAUUCUGCAACUCUCACAAUCUCAUUUCUUGUUGUUUUUUUUACCGAUAAGCUUUACCGGUGUGCUUCAUGGACCUGUAACCUAAUGUGCGUGUGGUGAGGGUCAACAGCAUCUCGUAAAUACUGUUUGUUUGCUCCUGGUAAAUAUAUUUUAUGUAAAUACUCAUCAAAUUAAUUCUGUAUUAUACACAACAUUUUGAUGGUUGCAGUCUAAAUAGACAUAAAGUUGUCUGUAAAAAGAAUGGAAUGAGAUAUAAAAAAGC